ACUCCUUUGAGUGGUUGAAUAACCGACACCUGGGCAUCAUUCGUGGGCAUAUCCCGGAGCGGCUGUCAGGGCCACAAAAGGAACUGCAUUUUGGGCUGCAAACGCCGGGAAGAGUGCAGAAACGAACCCAGUGAACCAUCUAAAGCCUCCGGGAGUAAACUCUACGAACCUGGCAGUUGGACCAAUAUAUGCCGGUGUGGGGCUGGCAUUGUUGGAGGUCUAAGAGCUCUUCGUCUUCUUUAACUCCUGUGGUUCACAAUUUUUUGAAGGAGCAUUCAUGUCUCAGGGUAUGCAACGGGUAAAUCGAGCGGGCAGUUGAUUAUCUGGUUGUCUCCAGUUGAGAAGCGGCUUGGAAAAGUUGACAAUAGAUCCACUGUGGUUGUUCCUUGUUGCUGGACGCAUUUUCAAGUUGCUUGGUUGGGGAAUAAAGUUAGCGAAUGGUGACAAACUGCUGAAAUGUUGGUAUAAUUGUCUGUAAGGCUGCACCUGAAGAUUAUCCUCGAUGGCUGUACACAACUUCAUAACUGUCUCUAGGUCUCCAGGUCUGAAAAGGCAUAGAGAACUUCAACUUGGAUCCUUUAGGCCUUUCAUAAAGUAGCUCAGGACUUUGGUGGGCAUUAUAGACGACUACUUUGAGGGUUAUUUUUCACAAGACAUGAUAGAAUCUCAGGUUGACCAGCUUGUUUUUGAGGAUUUAAUGCGUGAGAGGUUCCCUAAACUUGUGACUCAUCUUGAGUAUUUGGGAGUGGAGGUGGCAUGGAUAUCUGGGCCCUGGUUCCUUUCAAUCUUUGUGAACAUGCUCCCAUGGGAAAGUGUUCUUCGAGUGUGGGAUGUGAUCCUGUUUCAAGGAAACCGUGUUAUGCUCUUUCGAACUGCGCUUGCCUUGAUGGAUUUAUACGGGCCUGCUCUGGGCACGACUAGGGAUGCUGGCGAUGCUAUCACAUUAUUACAAACACUAACUGGUUCUACAUUUGACAGCAGUCAACUUGUGAUGACUGCUUGCAUGGGUUUCUUGAGCAUUACUGAAGAUCGGUUGAAUGAACUAAGAGCGAAGCACCGGCCAGCUGUACUGGCAUCAAUUGAAGAAAGGGCCAAGGGAAGUCAAGUGUUUAAAGAUCCCAAGGGUCUUGCCACUAAGUUAUACAGUUUUAAGCAUGAUCCGUCGCGAUCAAUAGUAAAGGAAAGCAGAACUGACUCGGGAUCGGCUGAUAAGGUAGAUGUAGAUGGAAGAUCUGGUCUGCCCUCUCAUUCUGCCAAUUUGGAUGAAUAUCUACAAGGGAUAACCAUUGAUUCUGAAGUUGAUUCUCUUCCAGAUCUUCAGGAACAGGUGGUGUGGUUGAAGGUUGAGCUGUGUAGGCUACUGGAAGAGAAGAGGUCUGCGGUUCUCAGGGCUGAAGAAUUAGAAGCUGCCUUCAUGGAGAUGGUUCAAGAAGAUAAUCGAAGAGAACUGAGUGCAAGGGUUGAGCAAUUGGAGCAAGAAGUUGUUGAUCUGCAGCAGGCUUUGGCUGAUAAAAAAGUUGCAGAGCAGGCAAUGGUUCAGGUUUUGAUGAAAGUUGAGCAGGAACAAAGGAUAACUGAAAAUGCUCGGCAAUCUGCCGAGAAAGAAGCUGCAGUUCAGAGACAUGCAUUACAAGUUCUUGAGGGAAAGUAUCAGGCAGCCAUGGCUGCCCUUGCUGAUAUGGAAAAGAGGACUGUUAUGGCAGAGUCUAUGCUGGAAGCGACGAUUCAGUACGAAUCCGGGCAGGGUAAAGUCACUUUAUCUUCUCCAAGGUCUAAUGCCGAUGAUGCUUCAAAAAAGAGUGGUAUAUUCUCGUUGAGCAAUCUUGGUUGGCGCGACAAGAACAAGGGAAAAUCAAACAAUGAUGGAGACAGCAAACCUCAAAUCGAAGCUUCUGACAAAACUCGUAUUACUGAGGGUGCUGAUGCCGAUUCCAGCAAUCAUCCCAAAUAGAUCAAGAGAGAUCACUCAUAAUUCUAGUAAAAUAAUAUUCCUAUUAAUUAAUUAAUUAAGAAGAAUCUCUCUAGGUAUAUAUAGCUAAGCUAAGAUCAGGUAAGGUAUAUUUGUACACAAGAAGGAAUAAGAAACCAUACAUUCUUUGAUAGUACUGUUAAUGUUGUUUAGGACAACAUAAUUGUUAUCAUAUAAUUAGUAUUAUUAUAUUGGAUAAAUAACAGUAAUACUAUGCUCAUACUACUGCUUAAUUGGUAAUAGUAUCCAUGCCCUUUCAUGUAUUGUAUUUGUAGUA